AUUAGUUUAACAGUUUAACCCUCGAUUUGGAUCAAGUAGUACAUGACCGGAAGAACAUUUCUCCGAGUCUCACACGUUGCGUACUGUACUCCGUAGAUCUCACUCCAAAUCAAACGCCUAUCCCCGAGGCGAAGUACUGUUUCUCACAGGUUAAAUACCAUCUGUUGUAUGAGUCAAAAAACAGAGAAGCCCGUGUUGUCAGGUCAGCGCAUCAAGACCAGAAAAAGAGAUGAAAAAGAGAAAUAUGACCCUCAAGGGUUCAGAGAUUCGGUGUUGUUGGGUUUGGACAAAGCUGGCACAGAUUUAGAGGCUGUGUCGAAGUACCUUGACACAGCUGGUUCCAAAUUGGACUACCGCCGAUAUGGGGAAGCUCUCUUUGACAUCCUCAUUGCCGGUGGUUUGCUGGUGCCAGGGGGCUCCAUUGCCAUGGAGGGUGACAAACCAUGCAAGACAGAAUGCUGUUUGUUUGGCGCACCGGAGGACAUGGAGUCAAUGCACAACUAUGAACAGGUUUUCAUUAAGUUGAUGAGGAGAUACAAGUACCUCGAAAAGAUGUUUGAGGAAGAGAUGAAGAAAGUCCUUGUCUUUAUCAAAGGAUUCAGUGAAACUGAAAGGAGAAAACUGGCGCGAAUGACAGCAUUGUGGAUAUCGAAUGGAUCUGUUCCUCCAGGCGUUUUACUUGUCCUGAGCAAUGAACAUCUUGUUAAGGACAACCUUGCUUUAGACUUCUUGCUGGAAGUUUUUGUUACAUGGAAAAAUGAGAAAGGAUUAUCAAGCUUGGUCACUGCUCUCAAGAAAGGUGGACUGGAGGGAAAGUUGAUGGAGUUUUUCCCUACCAACAAAAGGACAGAAGAGCAUUUUAAGGCAGUUUUUGAAGAGAAAGGUCUGGCUGAUAUAGUCAAACUUCACAAAGCUCAGGCAAGUCAAGGAGCUAAACGAGACCUGCAGCUGCAGCUGGAGGAACAACUGCAAGAGGGACGCCCAAUCAAAGAUAUUAUCAUUGACAUUAAGGACUUGGCUUCCAAGAACAAUAUCCCUGAACAUGAAAUCAUUGGCAUUGUCUGGUCGACUGUCAUGUCUCAGGCUGAAUGGAACAAAAAGGAAGAGCUAGUGGCCGAACAGGCACUCAAGCAUCUUAAGCAAUAUACAUUGCUAUUGGAGGCAUUCACAACUACUGCCCGUUCUGAGCUUGCUCUCAUGCUCAAGGUUCAGGAGUUCUGUUAUGGAAACAUGAUUUUCAUGAAGGUGUUCCAGAAGAUUGUCCUGCUCUUCUACAAGACUGAUGUGCUGUCAGAAGGGGUCAUUAUCAAGUGGUACAAGGAGGAUCAUUCAUCAAAAGGAAAGAUGCUAUUUUUAGACCAGAUGAAGAAAUUUGUGGAUUGGCUUGAGAACGCUGAAGAAGAGUCUGAAUCUGGGGAGGAGGAUGACUGACCUGUCGAACCCAUUUAUACUGAAGUGGCUGCUCCAUCUUAAGCUAGAAAAACACGAUGUUAACAAAGAAAAAUAUAUUUUACAUGGACUGUAUCAGGACUAUUUAAAAUUGUUGUAUUUGAACCUGUCUUCCUUGGUCUUGUCAUUACUGAUCAAUAGGUGCCUUACAUUGCCUCCAAUUGAUACUCAUCUUUACUGGUUCAAUUUUGUAGUUUUGCCAGCUUUCUUAGGUGAGAAUAGUUUACAGAUGACAAUAUUCAAGGAUUUAAUGUUCUUAUAUAAUCUGGUCAAAUUCUAGUGUUGGAAACAGUUCCUACCAAUGAAUUAUUCUCACAGUUGACUGAAUUUUUAUUAAAAUUCGGCCAUGCUUCUGUUUAAACCAUUGGUUAAAAUUAGGAUUGAUGUGACAAAGGCUAUGUAGGAUGUUGGUGUUGAUUUUUAUUUCCCCCCAGCAUCUGGUCUGUAAAUUAUGAAUCGUAUAGCAAGCGUCUUGUUGUUGAUGGACCACUCAAUUUUGGUGAUCCUCUCAGAGGACAAUCUUAACAACUGUUGUAAAAUCUCUUCAGAAACUGAACAGCCUUUGUUACGUGAACGUUUAAAAGGGCACCAAAAUGCCAGUCUUGGAAAUAGAAUUAGUACUCUUCUGCCAAUGUUCAAGGCAAGUUCUCAUUGGAUAAACAUGUGAACCAUCCCUGGCAUGCCACUCGCACACAUCGCCCAGUUGAGGUCAGGGUUUUUGUCCUACCUUAAUUUGCGGCCUUUGUGCUGUCCAUUUAGACCUCAACCCUAAUCUCACUAUGGGAAUUAAAAACCUUGUGUUAUACUCCUACAUUUUCGAUAAAUUGAACAGGGGAAAAUCAAUUAAUUUAUUUUCAUUGUCUGCGAUGAGCCUCCAUAGGAAUUUUAUUCUUCUGUUGUGUGUGCAGCUUUGGAAGGUAACAGGUACUUUCUUCUAUUGCAGUAAAGCUUUUAUUCUUUUAAUGUUAGGGUGAUAAUUUUAGAAACUCUUUCAGAAUUUUUAUAGUAGCAUUUUGAGCAGGGUUUGCUCAGUUGUAUUGUGUUAAUCUCAAGCUCAGCUUGUGGAAAGGAUCGAUAUAGUAUAUCCCAUUUUAUACAGUGGCAUUUAGGAAGAAACUUGAGUUAGUGCCUCAUCACUAUUUGUAACACCAUUUCACAAAUCAUGUUUUCCUGUUAUUCUUUGAUGGAGAAGGUCAUGGUUUAUUUUUAUUAAAGUCAUAACUUUGUGAGAGAAAUAAAUGAAUUGUUCCAAGUU